AUGGUGAACUGCGUUGAAAAAGCCACUAACUCUCCACGGGAGAAAACCCAGCAGUCGUCAUUAACAAAGAGGCCGGAGAAUGGCUCGAAAAAUGCCGCCGGAGAGAUUAACGAGCUGAAAAUGAGAGAGGAUAAUGAUGAUGAUGAUACAUUGGAGGCAACGUGGAAGGCAAUAUCAGAGGGAGGAGGCAAGCCAAAGACUAAGAAACUCAACAAGAGUGAGACAUGGGUUACGCCGCCGAGUGUGGAGGUGGCGGGCGGCUUUGAGUCAGAGCUAUCGCCGCCGGUGGCGUCAGCAUGGAGGGAGCUGAGGAAGUCGGAGACGUUCAAUGAUGCGGUGUCGGCGAAGCGAAGAGGGGGGCUGAGGAGGGAAGCUUCGAUGAGUCACGAGGAGUUGAAUCGACGAUUUGAAGCGUUCAUAAUGAAGUUCAACCAUGAAAUGAGGUUACAGAGACAAGAGUCUGAUCAGCGUUACUUAGAAAUGAUUAAUCGGGGAGUUUAA